AUGGUACUUCGGAGUCUUGCUUCCUGUCUCAAGCUCGAGGCAAAUAUUCAGCUUACCACCUUUAUCACAAUACGUGCAGCUGACUUUGGAAACGAAGAAGCGCCAUUACUACUACAUUACAUGCUUACAUGCUUGUCGGGUAUUGAACAUAAUGACUUCUUAAGAUUAUUUGUCUUUUUUGAUUACACCAAGAAAUCCAUCUUGAUACCAGCCUCCCAGGCAGAUUCAAAUGUAUUUCUAGCUCAGGACACCCAAUUUCUUCACAGCCGCUUGAUCGAACCUAGCUGCAUUUAUCCUCAUUUCGUAUGCCAGCAUGUCUCAUCGAGUGGCAACUGCAAUAGUUCUCAAGAAGCUGAUCCCGUCUAUGACGGAAUAUCCAGCCAAAUAUCCAGCCACUAUCACAACUUUGCCUGUAAUCAACCCGGGCAACAACACACAAUGGAAGCUCAUUCGCUACUCGAUGCACAUGAUUCCCGGAUUCUAGACCUGGUGACUUACGACAGAAUGAGAGGGGAAAUUCAGCUUCCAAGAGCGUCCACGUCAGGUCCUCGACGCUUCGCGAUCUCCAAUAAGUUACCCAACGGCGCAAAAUGGGCUGUCGAGGAUCUUCAUGAACAGCUGACUAUAUGGGGUGAUGAAUGGAAAAGAGUAUGGGAGAACAAGUCAACAGAUACCGCGCGGCGAAGCAGUCUCGUUCAUGCGCCUGUAUGGUGGCAGAAGGCAGGGAGAUAUACGGACGCGUGGAUCGACGAGAGAACGAGGAUCGUCAUCUAUCAGAAGAUCGAUGGCACCCUGCAAAUACUUCAGUCCCUGCGAGAAGGGAUCACCGCGUCGUCACACAUCUUCUUUGGCUAUACGCCGAGAAGAGGUCAUGUGGCCCUGUGGUUCCUGCCAAAGACCCCUUCGAACCUUCGCCGGCUGCCCAAGAUCGUACGAGAAAGCGGAACGCCUGAAUCAUCUCAUCACACUGGUCACACCGAGACGGGCUGUGACGCACGCCGAGAUAUUGUUCGACAUGCCAUCUAUAGGAGAUCAAUGACUGGGUGCAGGUUGAAUCGCGAGACUUGUUCCCUGAGGAGAUCUGAUUCCAACGAGGUGAGACCUUUGGCUGAGGAGAUGGAAGCUCUGAUGCGUCUCGUAGAUGAUGCCAGAUUCGCAAUGUUUCCCACUACCGCGAAGGGUUCUCAGAAGCAGCCGAAGGUUUGUAGAGAAGACGCCAGGGAUGAGAUGUUUGUGACUGCGGCAAGACACACUGGGGAGUCACGUAAGGCUCGGCAUCCUCCCCCUCGAGAUCGAGAUGAUCUCUCCAGUCGUUCACGAACCAAUCGUACGCUCGACACAUUGAGCCCCCGCUCUUGCUCAACAAUCAAAACAAGGAAUGAGAUGUCCUCGUCCCGGAAUGACGAGCAAGUGCUCACUAGGCUUCACUUGGUCCAACGCCAUCCUCGACCAGACGUCUCGGUAGUUGUGGGACCGCAUCCCGGACACCGAGGGAAUAUUUCUCGAGUCUCUUGUCGUCCGGGAGCAUCAGAUUCAGAAGGGGCUGGGCCGCCUUUCGCACGAGAGGAGACGGACCAGCACCGCGUAGCGCACAACGACCACGAGGCACAUGGCCGCGCUCAUCGCAGGCUGUGCGACAGCGACAAGAAACGGACCCACGUGCGGAGGCAACACGAGGAAUUAUGGGAGAAACAUCCCAAGCUCGGGCAGCGUCGGAGGUUUGAAAUUGGAGAGGAGGUGGAGGAGGAGAAGGAGAAGGCGGGUUCGCGACUGGGCAAUGCGGGACGCAGCCAAGACCGGCGUGACCAGGAGCAGCGGCGCCACGAAGGGGGAGGGAUGGUCCGCAGGCGAAGGAUUCCCGGAGAUGGCAGUCGGAAGAAGCUUGUAUUCGCUGCAGUCCCCGCUCGCAAUCGCUCUCCCACGAACCCCGUCAAAGGCUCCCCAGGCCAGGUCGUCGGAAUGUCUCUGGGCCCUUCCAGCCCGGAUGCCGGCAACGAGGAUCGGCGAGGAGAAAAUAUCGGUAUGGGAGGCUCGGCAGGAGACACUUGCUACCUUGGAGGGAAGAAGCUGAGUCUUUGCUUGCUAUAUUCACUAUCAUACUGCGUGCUUCACGAGCGGGCGGCCGCCAAAGAGGGCGAAAGACAUUAUUUGUCGGUUAUUGCGGCAAGAAUAGAUGAAUAUGGAUAUGCAACAUCCGCUUGCAACCGGGGUGACGUUACAGCUGUCAAGCCAGACAUGUUUCCUGGCGCAAGAUGUCUCUUCUUUUUGAAUGUCCUCAGAAUGUGGGAGACUCCCUUUAAUACCCCUUCUUCACGCAAAGAGGUGCUGAAUGUUGAAUUUGGAGUGAAAGGCAACCUCCUAGAUGCCCGACCCGUACUUCAUGUCCCUCAUUUUAUUAUCCGGGCUGGUUAUGGCUUGGUGCCAACAAAGGCGGAGCCCUCCUCCAAAGAGCGAAUUCGACAUAUGCUCGAGAAAUACCUCAGGCAAGUCAAGCCAACCGACACAGCCCCACGACUACCUAUUGCGGCCCAAGACGAAAUGUGUCGUGUCGGCCCGCGACCGCCUCUUGCCAAGGAUGAAUUCUUGAGCAUGUCAGAUGGCGGAAGCCUGGAGCGUGAUUCGACAGACUUGUUGACUUAUUGUUUUUCUCACCUCACAACCUCCUACGUAAGAAUUUCUCCGACAAUCAUCACGAUUGCAUCCACCUAUGUGUCCCGCCGACGAAAGCAGAAGUUGCAGCAAAGGACAGGCGGAGAGACAAUUGCAGCAAGAGGCUCGAAAGCCAUCUUCUCGAGAGGAUAUCCUGGCAAGCGGGCUCCAUUGAUCAUCUCCUGUGGAUCGUUUCGGGAGGGGGCAACUUUCCUUCGACGCUGCCGGAUAUUGAAGAGCCACGCCGUAACAUCAUAUCAUCCGAGAGGUAGUGUGGCCUUCGGCCGAGAUAUUCUUUUCGUGUCUCAUCGGAGGAUAUGGGUGGAUAUGGGGAUUCGCGCCUUUCCCUGUUCGCAGAUGAAAGGCACCAAUGAGGAAGCAAGGAGGAAAGAUGCCACGAUCCUCCCACCGGUGGAUAUUAGCGCGCAGGCUGGAGCGACGGUCAGCGAUUGGUCGACUUUGACGGGAGGAAGCUGUCAAAGGCGCUUGGCCUCAGACUUCCCGCCCUCCCUAGACCGCCUUGGCCCUAGGAGCCAAGGAGCCUGGCCUUUCGUGCCCGCCCAAGGGUCCCUCUUCAUGCCGGGAACUUCACGAAACUGUCACGCUCAGCAGGGGAUCAACGUGAACCACACGUUGAGGAUUCCUUGCGACCUUGGCACUGAUGUGGGCCAGUCGAGGGCAAAGCCGACGAAGACGGAAGGCAGACUGACUGCUCAUCGACGACAACGCCGACGACGACAAUGCCUCGUCGUCCGCCGUCCAAAUCGCAAUAUCUCUUCUCUCAUCAUCACACCACGCCUUCACUACAGGAUAGUCAGCCGCUUCAACUCUCUCAACUCUCAAGUCUUCGGAUCACUCACUACCACUUCUUCUUCAAACCAAUCCCCCUUUUCUUCGGAAACCCCAACCAUCAAAAUGAAGUCCGCUGUCGUCCUCACCACCCUCCUGGCCUUCGUCGCCGCCAACCCCGUUGCCAUUGCCAACGUUGACAACGCCAACGCCAUCGCCAAGCGCAAUGUCGAGCUCGAGGCUCGCCAGCUUGGUGGCAUCGACCUUGCCACCCUUCCCGGCUUGGGCGCCCUGGCGGGUCUGGGUCUUCCUGGUCUCUCUAACCUCCCCAUCAGCCCGAGCAACGUUGUUGCCAUCCUCACCGGCCUCUUGGCCAGUGUCCUCAGCGUUGUUGGCAACAUCCGCCAGGGUGUUCCCGGUGCCGGUGCGAUUCCCGGCCUUCCUGCCAUCCCCACCAUCCCCGGUGUCUCCGUUCCCGCCAUCCCCACCGGUGCUGUCAGCGCCGAGCAGCUCACCGCUUUGAUCGGUGCCCUUCAGGCCCAGGUCGCCAACGCCACGGCCAUUGGCUCCGGCCUCCCCGCCGGCCUCAGCUUGGCCCAGCUCCAGCAGAUCCAGGCCAUCAUUGCCACCAUCCAGGCCCAGAUUGCCCCUCUCGUCUCUGGCACCGGUCUUCCUUCCCUUCCUGGCGUUCCCGCUGGCGGUCUCCCCGACCUCGGUGGUCUUACCUCCGGCCUCGGCGGCCUUGGCGGCGUCCUCAGCCUCAUCACCGGCCUUUUCGGACCCCUCCUCGGUGGUCUUCUCGGUGGCCUCGGCGGCGGCCUCCUCGGUACUCUGCAGCCACGGAACUGCACACCCAUGACGAGUUUCGGCAUAAUUGACAACGCCCCGUCGGCUUGUCGACCGGGCUUCUCGCAAAGCACUUUUUCCACAAUCACUCCACCCACAACUUCCAGCAUGCGUGAUACUCUUUAUGAGUGGAUAGUACCGACCAGCCGAGCAAGAAUCGAUAACAGCCGAUCAUUCGGUACGAUUAUGCCUAGCAGAUCAGCUCAAACCGACGUUGUGUCCAGUACACGAAGAAGAGGCGUGUUGAAUUGGGCAAUAUUGCCUUCGAGUUGUGUCUUUUCCAUCGAGUACCAAAGCCAUGUAAUUCGCCGAUCAACACAGUUUGGUUUGCAUAUGGCAAUGAUUUGCGAACGAAGGGAUGGACGGGCAGAAGUUGAGAUGAACCGUCAUAAGCGCAUAUUGAGGGGCUGCAAGGGAGGUAGUGGGUACCCGAUCUCUCCGUCUCCCCUUCCCCACACACCUACAUCAUCCAUCGAAGCCUCCUCUGCGACCGAUAAACCGAAUUCGCUAUCUUUCAGCUUUGACCAUCAUCUAGCUUCGUUUUUUACCUUUGAGCUCCCUGACGUCAAGCCACUCACUCGCACAGCCAGCGGCGGGCGUUUGCUUUCAGAGGAGCAGGGUGGCACGCCGGGCAAGGCCCUCUGGCUCUCCCGGUUCCUGCAAGCCUCGAGUCUGCAAGGUCCUGACGGCCUAGCCGUUUCCAAGAAAUCCCAAGAAUCGGGGCCAAAAGAUGACCAGACGAUGCCUGACGCGAACCCCACGCCGCCGCGUCUAUCGGACGCGGUGAUCGAGGCUUCCUGCUGGUCUCCUAGGAUGAGACGGUGGAAGAGUCUUCCGAAUCCUACCUUGUCCGAAUGCGGUUUGCAACGUCGGCGGCGAACAAAGCUGCUCAAAAAAGCGUGGACAUUCUUUCUUAGCCACCACAAGUCCAGCCCAACCCACGGUGAUAGGUAUCACAAGAACGGUUGGCUGCGCGAUGGCAGGCUGCAUCGGUCUAGACGCAUGAUGGCUGCUGCUGGGCGGCGCGCCGGCAGAGUUGCCGUUCGGCGGACUUCCCCACACUUUUACUCCUCCCCCGCCGAUCGUUGCCUUCCGCGGUGGAGAGAGUGGGCGGGAGCAGAAGCAGCACACCAGACUGGGCGCAGCUUGAAUAGCUACUAUGACAUGUGCACCAGGACGCAGAUCUCGUACCGGUUUGGGCAUAACAUCACGUGUCGAGCUCAUGAUUCGCGAGGGCUUGCAUGGAGAACGCCGCAGUCAUGCCUAGCCGAAGCCUGGCACUCGAUUGUCAUCCGUUCCAACCAUGGGGUCUCCCUUGCUAAAUCCAAGAUGCUUCGGGAAGCGGGAAACUCAAUGCUCAAAGAGGAUAGACCACUAAUCCAGCAUCUUGUCUCCAGCUGGGAGCCAUUGCAUCGCAUCGCAAGCUAUCAAUCGUGCCAGGUUCAGGAGGAGAGCGCCAGCGCUCGACCUUGUGCCGUUACGUCGUCGCUUAACAAAGCCAAAGCACUCUACAGAGUAUCUACACUGGUAUUCGACGCUGCACCCUUUCCCUCGAGCGGGUUCCCCGUUCCCGAGUCCCCUUACACUAACAUGACGAGUAAACACCGUCAUCGUUCUGACCGGCCCAUCGACAAGCUUUCCCGCAUCCCUUGUGUCAGGGGAGUGGGCGGUGGUCUCAUUGGUGAAGUCAUUCUCAGGGUGUGGGUGGUACAGGAUCACCAUGGGCCCUUCUACAAACGCCUUGACAACUACAAUCACAAGCCACUGUCGAAUAGAUACCAAGUCACACACACAUCAACACCAACCGUCAUCAUGGACUCAAGCAAGAACGUCGAUAUUCCCGUCUCCCCUACCGGCCGCAGACGUAGCUCCGGAACUCUCUUCCAAGGUCUCAUGGACCAAAAGCGCCACGACGGCAACGCAGCCCGUAGACAAUCAAUGACAGAUUCAAAGCCGGCGCCGGGAUUCAUCGGGCAAAUCUGGACUCGUGGCCCUGCUAGCCCCCCGAAAUAG